ACUUACCACUUGGCUUUCGACCACCAUACCAUGCCCAAGGUCUCUACUCUGCUGUUCGACUGCGACAACACGCUUGUUCUUUCGGAGACACUCGCCUUUGAGGCCUGCGCGGAGCUUGCAAACGAGAUUCUCGCGUCGCAGGGCAUAUCCGAUCGAUAUACUGGGCCCGCGCUAUUCAACGAGUUUGUGGGACAAAACUUCCGUGGCAUGAUGUCCUCCCUGGCAAAGAAAUAUAGUCUCUCGCUCCCACCGGACGCCUUCGACGACUAUGUCUCCCGCGAAGAAGACGCUGUGAUUGGCAAGAUUCGGGCGGCACUCGAGCCGUGCAUGGGGGUGGACGCUGUCCUCGCCUCGCUUGCUGACACUAACGCGUAUGAAAUGGCCGUAGUCAGUUCGAGCGCGGGCCGGCGCGUCCAGGCCAGCGUGGAUAAGGUCGGCAUGGACCGGUAUUUCCCGAGCAACCGGAUAUUCAGCGCUGCGACCAGUCUCGCGAAGCCCACGAGCAAGCCAGACCCGGCGAUCUACCUCCAUGCGUGCGAGGUGUUAGGGAAACAGCCAGGCGAGUGCGUGGCGGUGGAGGACAGCAAGAACGGCACUCUGAGUGCAGUUCGAGCCGGUAUCAAGACGGUGGGAUACAUUGGCAGCUACGAGUCGGAGGAGCAGGACAAGAUGCGUGGUGUGUUGGAGCAGGCGGGGGCUAACCCUAUCAUGAAGCAUUGGAAUGAGUUUGAAAGUCUUCUCAAACAGCUAGAGAGUCCUUAUUAG